GGGUCUUAAAACAUGAGGGGAGGUGCGGGAGGCCCCCGGGCUCUCCCCACCGGCCUGCUGGAGACGGCAGGUUGGAAUCCGUGGAGGAAGACUCCCAGGCGCUGCGGCUGAAAUCAACCCCACGGCCCAAGUUCUCUGUCUGCCUCCUGGGAGACCAGCAGCACUGCGAUGAGGCCAAAGCGGUUGACAUCCCUCACAUGGACAUAGAGGCUCUGAAGAAGCUCAACAAAAACAAGAAGCUGGUGAAGAAGCUGGCUAAGAAGUAUGACGCCUUCCUGGCUUCUGAGUCCUUGAUCAAGCAGAUCCCUCGCAUCCUGGGUCCGGGUCUGAACAAAGCCGGCAAAUUCCCUUCCCUCCUCACGCACAACGAGAACCUGGUGGCCAAAGUUGACGAGGUCAAAUCCACCAUCAAAUUUCAGAUGAAGAAGGUGCUCUGUCUGGCAGUGGCCGUCGGUCACGUGAAGAUGACGGAGGACGAGCUCGUCUACAACAUCCACUUGGCCAUCAACUUCCUGGUGUCGCUGCUGAAGAAGAACUGGCAGAACGUGCGUGCCCUCUACAUCAAGAGCACCAUGGGGAAGCCCCAGCGCCUCUACUAACCCGGUGCGAAUAAACUUCUCCGGACGGCU